AUAUAAUUUCCACUCAUUGUAUUUGUUGCUUAAAGUUUUCCUUCUCCUCCCUUAUCCUCUCAAGCCCCUUCUCCUUCUCUCUUUAGAAGCAUGUAAAGAACGGAGCUGUUAACUCUCUUCUCUAUCUAUUCCUUAUUCUAUCUGUACUGGCUUAAAUUUGAACUGGGUGUCCUACAAUCUCCCCAGAAUAGUUGGCUCUCUCUCUAUCUCUCUCUUCAUCUACUAUCAAUUAAUCAUCCUUCUUUCUCCGCACGUCAAAAACUUGAACUUGGGUGUCCUUCAGGCUCUCUCUCUCUGCUCUCUCCCUCUCGCCCCCCUCCCCCCACCAAUCGAUCUAUUUUUCCCUCUCUACACAGAUCACACGCUUGGGUGGAAUAGCUUGAUUCUACUUGUUUGUAUUGACAGAUUCUUCUUUCUCUACCUGUUUGAUCGAUUUUCCCCAUACCAUAGUUUGAUCUCUCCGCCCCCCUUCCUGAUCAUAUCCACACACACACACAGAAAAAAGAGAUUGAAUUAGAUGUCCUACCCAAACUCCAUAAAAUGGUCUCAUCUCUCUCUUUCUCUCUCUCUCCCCCCUCUCUGAUCCCUCCAUCUCCAUAAAUUCAUGAAAAUUGGAAUUUUAGGUGUAUCAUCCUACAAACUCCACCAACGAGCUAGUUGGAUUGCCUAUCCUUCCCUUCUCUCUCUACAACGUAAGUACUUGAAUUGGGUCCCCUGCAAGCUCCUUAAGAACUUUUAAUCUUAUCUCCUAUCCUCCCCUUCCCCACACCCAUCAAAUCAGAAACCAUUAUCAUGGUUUGAUCCAAUAUGGAGGGCGACGCCGCCGGAGGAUCCAGAAGGCCCAACUUCCCCCUCCAGCUCCUUGAGAAGAAGGAAGAAGACUCCUGCUCCAGCUCCGGCUACCCGUCCCUUGCCAUCUCCUCCGGCCCCUCCACUGCCGCCGGCGGCAGCGGUGGUGGUGGCCACGAGCUCGCCGUCGACCCCCCACGAAAGCCAGCCCCCAAGCGGAGCUCCACCAAGGACCGCCACACGAAGGUCGACGGCCGGGGUCGCCGCAUCCGCAUGCCGGCCCUCUGCGCUGCACGGGUCUUCCAGCUUACCCGCGAGCUGGGCCACAAGUCCGACGGAGAGACGAUCGAGUGGCUCCUCCAGCAGGCCGAGCCUGCCGUGAUCGCCGCCACCGGCACGGGCACCAUUCCCGCCAACUUCACCUCCCUCAACAUCUCCCUCCGCAGCUCCGGGUCCAGUGUCUCCGCCCCGUCCCACCUCCGCGCCGCCAACUACUUCAGCUCUCCCUCUGCCCUCGCCGCCCCUCCCCUCAGGAUUGGCGGCUCCAGCUUCCUCUCGGAGGGCCCGUCAUCGUCCUCGUCAUCCUUGCUCCUCAAUUUCAACUCAGGCAGUUGCAUCGCGGCCGACCCAUCAUCGGACGCCGACCUCGGCAGCAACAUGCGGAAGCGCCGGUGGGAGCAGGAGCUCCAUCAUUAUCACUUGCAGCAGCAGCAGCAGCAGCAGCAGCAGCAGCAGCCGCUGCAACACCAGAUGGCGGGCUACGGCCAGGCAAGCCACGGCCAGAUGCCGGGACCCUUGUGGAUGGUGACAAACCCUAGCAGCCAAAGUAUACCAAGUGGCGAGUCGUUAUGGACGUUCCCACAGAUGGGCAGCGCCGCCAUGUUCCGAGGCUCCAUGUCUAGUGGGCUACAUUUCAUGAAUUUCCCUACCCCCAUGGCUCUAUUGCCGAGCCAGCAGCUAGGCCUCGGCUCCGGCGGCAGCGGAGGCCCCGGCGAGGGGCACAUGGGAAUCCUCGCGGCCCUCAACGCGUACCGGCCACACAGUUCUUCCGAGCCGAUGCCGACCGGGUCCCAGCAAGCCCAUGGCGGGGGGGACCGGCACGACACGAUGAGCACGAGCGACUCGUAGGUUCGGUUGGUCUCGCGUCCAUGCAUGCGAUGAUGUUGCUCUCCCUCUUUCUCUUUUCUUCUUCUUCUUCUUCUUCUUUAAUCCUAUCAUUUUUCUAUCAUCUUUGAAUCUCAUAUUUCUGAAGUAUAAAACAUGCUCGCAAUACAUCAUGCAAGCCAUUCUUUUUUGUUUGUGAGUGAGACUCUCAGCUAGGGUUUCAGUGAGGGAGGAGAAGAGUGAGUGAGUACUGAUGAGUUCUUUUUUUCUUUUUUUUUUGAACUAUGGUGGUGAGUCUUUGGUUCAACAAAUUCAGUGCUGUCACACAAUUAUCAUAUUCUCAGCAUAUCAUUGUUCCUCGUUUCUCCAUUUCCAUUUCCAUGGUUGGGAGUAUUAUGUUCAUGAAUCUUCAACCAACCAUAAUAUACUUGCAAUGCAUCCAGACGCUUUUAUGAGUGAGAGAGAGGCCAUUCAGUUCAACGGAAGAUAGAGAUAGAGAACAGCAACGAGUGAUGACAGCACUCAGAAUAGAAGGAACCUGAAGUUCCUAGCCAAUGAAGACCACAAGACCCAUUGAGUCCAAUAGUGAGUAACUUAAAAUUUUAGCUCAUAGCAUCAUCCGAUCAAUGAUUUCGUUCUCCUAGAAUGGGCUUCUAUGGUUCUUUCUAGAAGUAAGACACAUAAGAAAGUCUUUUGUUUAUACUUCUUAUCUGUUAAUACUCAUACCUACUAGGUAUGAGUGUUUUAAUAGUCAUUAAAAUAGCAUUGAAGGUGGGGGGAGAGAAGUUCUUGGCACAAAGGGUGCCUUCUUUAUUCGAGUUGUGCGUUGGUGUAGUGGUUCCAGGGUGUGAAAGCUGAAUGUGAACAAGAGAGCAUGGAAAAAGCCCAAAUGGGUAUAA